GGGGCCGGCGCUCCUGGGACUGGGGGACGUCGUGGGUGUGGCGGCAUCGUCUGCGGGAGAGCCCCGCCGCAGUGUGGGCCGGGGCCCCGUCGUAGCGGCCGUGGAGCAGGGAGCCCGUGGGGCAGGAAGCCCGUGGGGUCGUUCCUGUCACCCCUGGGGCGGGCCCACUGAUCGGGCACUAUCCCCUCCGCUGGGAGCAGGAGCUAUGACGGCCCCAGAGAGCAGGUCGGUUUUCGAGGCCACCCAGGACCCUGUUCUCCUGCAUGGGCUGACCCUCGUCAGUGAAGUUGCUGCAGAAGUGUGGGCCACCAAGCCGGCAGUGGUGAGCCACGAGAAACCUGCACCCAGCAGCAGGAAGGAGAAAGUCCAUGGGGUACCUGAGGUGUCAGAGCGGAUGUGCUGCUCAACCUGUGGGCAGGAGUUCAGCAGCCGCGAAGAGCAGACUGAGCACUACCGUCUUGACUGGCACCGUUUCAACCUGAAGCAGCGGCUCCUGGGGCGCCAGUCACUGCCAGCAGAAGUGUUUGAGGAGAAAACCCGUGCAGGUGAUGUUUCCAGCAUCUCAGGGUCUGAUUCGGAGAGCUCCGAUGCAAGCAGUGAGUCAGAGUUACUGCCCUCUGCUAGUGACAGUGCUGGGAACCCCCAGACCCGCUGCUCCCACAAGGUGCUGCUCCGCAAUGCGAAGGGCCAGCUCAUCUCCGCCUACCGCUGUGUGCUGGGCAUUGGGAAGGGUGGCGUUCAGGAGCCAGAGGAGCUGAUGGUGUCACUGCAGAGCCUUGGUGCGAGCACGUGCUGGGUUGUGCUGAUGAUGGGUGGCGGGCACUUCGCAGGAGCUGUGUUCCAGGGCUCCCAGUUACAGGUGCAUAAGACCUUCCACCGCUACACAGUGCGAGCCCGGAGGGGCACAGCCCAGGGCCUACGGGAUGCUCAGACGCCAGGGUCAGCACCCAGAUCAGCCGGAGCCUCCCUGCGGCGUUACAAUGAGGCUGCGCUGCUCAAGGAUAUUCAGGAACUGCUGGCAGCCUGGGCCCAGCACCUGAAUGAAGCUCAGCGCAUCUUCCUCCGUGCCCCUCGUCACAACCGUGCGCUGCUCUUCGGUGGUAGGAACCCACCCCUCACCCAGGGUGACCCUCGCAUCUGCCACAUCCCCCUCAGCACCCGCAGGGCGACCCUGCGAGAGGUGCUGCGAGUCCAUGCCACGCUGGCCAGCCUGCAGGUGUAUGGGAAGGAUACACCACUACAGGACAUCACUGGGUCAUCCCGGAGGGUGUGGCAGAAGAGGCAGCGGAAGGCAGAGGUGGAUCCCCUGCAGGAGGACACAAGUGCUCCAAAGAAGGAGGAGGAGGAAGAGGAGGAGGAAGAAAGCCCUGCAGGGGAACUGGAGACAGUAGAAGUGACACUGGGGACCUUAGACCUCCGGGAGUUUGAAGUGAUGCCCAAGCGAAACCGCAAAAGGAGAAAUAAAAGAAAUAAGAAGGUGGAGAAAGGACCCUGUGCUAAAGAGCAGGGAUGCUCUGAUGCCCAGUCUGGGCAGCCCGGCCUGGUGAUAGAGCUGCAGGAGGAGGCUGGGACUGAGCCACUUCCCUGGGGUGAUGGAGGAGACCCUCAGACCGAGCUCCGCAAUGCCCUAUUCACAGCCUGCAAAACUGGGGAUGUGGGGACACUGCAGAACCUCCUGCGUGUGCCAGAGAGUGGGGACCUGCUGGUGAACAGCGAGGACGGGGAGAACGUACAUCCUCUGGAUAUGGCCCGCUCCCUGCUCAACCAGCCCAUGGAUGAGCGCGGCUGCACUCUGCUUCAUGUGGCAGCACGUGCAGGGAAGGCUGAGGCUGUGUUCCUGCUGCUGGAGGCGGGGGCAGACCCUGCUUUCAGAGAUGGGCAGGACAGGACUCCCUACUGUGUCUCUGCCGACAAACUGACCCGUAACGCAUUCCGUAAGUUCAUGGUGGACCAUCCAGACAAGUACGACUACAGUCGUGCCAAGGUGCCAGGGCCUCUGACUCAGGAGAUGGAAGUCAAGAAGCUGGAGAAGAAGCGGGCACAGAAAGCCCAGCGGAAGCAACGGGAGCAGGCACAGCGGGAGGAGCAGAAGCGCUGGGAGCAGGAACAGGAAGAGAAGCAGCAGUUCGCAGCCCUGUCUGACAGGGAAAAGAGGGCCCUGGCUGCAGAGCGGAGGCUGGCUGUGCAGUUGCAGGACACCGGCACAACUCUUGCCAACAUCAGCCGCUGCUGGCAUUGUGGAGAGUCCCUGCUGGGUCGGAUCCCUUUCCAUUACCUCGACUUCUCCUUCUGCUCGACGGCCUGUCUGCAAACCCAUCGCCGGGCCCGGGCCAGCCACACAUAAGUCUGGGGGCUGCUGCCACUUGCCAGGGACUGUUGUGGUAGAAACAUGGCUGACCACUGGCUGUGCAGCAAGGCAGAGCCUGUGGAGCAGUGCUCAUUGUAGGGACUGAGCUGGCAGGGUGAUUCUCGGGGACAACUGUGGCAGGGCUUGAAACAAGCCUGUCACUCUGGGUGGUGAUUGGGCACAUUACAACCAGGAACUCCCUAUGGAGUAGUGUGAGAGGCCAGGACUGCUCCAUGUCCUAGCUCCAGCUGGGGGAUCUCACUGCUGGCUUUUCUCAUGGCUACAUUGUAGGUUGCUGCCUGUGGCAGUAGGACAGAUUGUGACAUAUCCAGACCCCACAGCCAUAAGCUACCUGCAGCUAUGACUGUAGGUACCCUUACGGCUGUGCUUUGCCCUCUCCUCUCCUGUGUGCUGUCCAGUAUCUCAGCUGUAUCGUGUUAGCAACUACCUCCUCUGCCUGCAUGGUCAAUAAAGAGGUGCCUUGACCCCCGAGGCGUGGGGCACAUC